UGCAUAAGGAGGUUACAGAGGAGAAUCGUGGUAUCCUGGCCUCUCUCAGUGGUGAUGAAUUACAAAUUAAGAACCAGCAAAUGCAUGACAAAAUCCACACAGUGGAGAACCCCUAUCAAUAUGUAGAGUGUGGAGAGAGCUCUCAUUCCUUAUCCCAUCCAAGAAUUCCCACUGGGAAGAAAAAGCAUCAGUGCUUGGAAUGUGGGAAGAGCUUCCGUCAGAGGGCCCAUCUCACAGCCCAUCAAAUGAGUCAUAAAGGAGAGAAACCUUAUCAGUGCUUGGAAUGUGGGAAGAGCUUCAGUAAGAAGGCCUAUGUCACUUCCCAUCAAAGAAUUCAUACAAGGGAGAAACCCUACCAGUGCUUGCACUGUGGGAAGAGCUUCAAUCAGAGGUCCCAUCUCACUAUCCAUGAGAGAAUUCAUACAAGGGAGAAACCAUAUCAGUGCUUGGAAUGUGGAAAGUGCUUCAGUCAGAGGUCCCAUCUCACUACCCAUCAAAUAAUUCAUACAGGGGAGAAACCUUAUCAGUGCUUGGAAUGUGGGAAGGGCUUCAGUUCAAAGGCCUAUGUCACUUCCCAUCAAAAAAUCCAUACAAGGGAGAAACCCUAUCAGUGCUUGCAUUGUGGAAAGAUUCACUCAGAAAGGAAGUCUCAUUUCCCAUCAAAGAACUCAUACCUGGGAGAGAGUCCACAUAAAUGCUUGGAAUGUGGAGAGAGUUUUAGUCAGGAGUCACUUCUCACUUCCCAUCAAAGAACUCACAGCGGGGAGAAUCAGAAUCCCCUUGAAUCAUUGGAUUGUUGCAUUGGAUUGGAUGGUGAGAGCCAUCUUCUCCAAGCCCCUGCAAUGGAUAUUCAACAAAAAAAUUCAUGACAGAUGGCCAUCAAAUCUUUGCUUAAAAUCCUUCAAUUCAAGAAGAUACCAGCCCCACCUGUACUUGUUUGUUCCAGAGUCAAACAGUUCUUGCUGUAAGAAAGUUCUGCCUGAUGUUUCAUGAGAUUCUCUUACUUGUAUCUUGAAUUCAUUGGUGUGUCCUUCCACCAGAACAGAAAAAAGCAAGUUUGCUCACUCUUCCAUGGCACAGCCCUUUCGAUGUUGGAAGAUGUCUAUCACAUCUCCUUCUCCAUCUCCUUUUCUCCAUAAUAAACAUCCCGGCUCCCUCAA